AUGUCUCAAAAAGCUUGUUACGUCUGUGGGAAAAUUGGCCACUUAGCUGAAGAGUGUGAUUCCGAAAGGUUGUGCUACAACUGUAACAAACCUGGUCACGUUCAAUCAGAAUGUACUUUGCCAAGAACUGUCGAGUUUAAGCAAUGUUAUAACUGUGGUGAAACAGGUCACGUUAAAACCGAAUGUACCGUUCAAAGAUGUUACAACUGUAACCAAACUGGUCAUAUCUCAAGAGAAUGUCCGGAACCAAAGAAAAGUAGAUUUGCUAGUGCCGGUGCUCCAACUGGUGGAAAGCCUAAGGUUUCCUGCUACAGAUGUGGUGGACCUAACCACAUGGCAAAGGACUGCUUGCAAAGUGGAUCCAAGUGUUACUCAUGUGGUAAAUUCGGCCACUUGUCCAAGGAGUGCCCUUCUGGUCCAGGUGAAAAAAUUUGUUACAACUGUAACGGAUCUGGCCACAUCUCCAAGGACUGUCCUGUCGCUUGA